UCCAAUGGCUCCAUAGACUCCAAUGAUGAAGCCAGUCAAGUUGUUGAACUUCAGGAACUACUGGAAAAGCAAAACUAUGAAAUGGCACAAAUGAAGGAGCGUUUGGCUGCGCUGUCUUCGCGGGUGGGAGAGGUAGAGCAGGAAGCUGAGACCGCCAGAAAGGAGCUCAUUAAAACUGAAGAAAUGAACAGUAAAUAUCAGAGAGACAUUAGAGAGGCAAUGGCACAAAAGGAAGAUAUGGAAGAGAGAAUAACUACGCUGGAGAAGCGCUACCUCAGUGCACAGAGAGAAUCCACCUCCAUACAUGACAUGAACGAUAAGCUGGAAAAUGAACUGGCAAACAAGGAAGCUAUCCUACGUCAGUUGGAAGACAAAAACAGACAGCUGCAAGAGCGUCUAGAACUGGCUGAGCAGAAGCUGCAGCAGACGAUGAGGAAGGCUGAAACCUUACCUGAAGUGGAGGCUGAGCUGGCUCAGAGAAUUGCAGCUCUGACUAAGGCAGAAGAAAGACAUGGAAACAUUGAGGAACGUAUGAGACACUUAGAAGCUCAACUUGAAGAGAAGAAUCAGGAACUUCAAAGAGCAAGGCAAAGAGAAAAAAUGAAUGAGGAGCACAACAAAAGAUUAUCGGAUACCGUAGACAGACUUUUGACAGAAUCCAAUGAGCGUCUGCAGCUACACUUAAAAGAGAGAAUGGCAGCACUUGAAGAAAAGAAUGUUUUGAUUCAAGAAUCUGAAAGUUUCAGGAAAAACCUGGAAGAGUCUUUACAUGACAAGGAAAGACUUGCCGAAGAAAUUGAGAAACUGAGAUCUGAACUGGAUCAAAUGAAAUUGAGGGCUGGUUCUUUAAUCGAACCCACAUUGUCAAGGCCUCACCUUGACACAUCAGCAGAGCUGAGGUAUUCUGUGGGCUCACUGGUUGAUAGCCAGUCUGACUAUAGGUCAACUAAAGUGAUAAGGCGACCUAGAAGAGGCCGGAUGGGUGUACGCAGAGAUGAACCAAAGGUAAAAUCACUUGGAGAUCACGAGUGGAAUAGGACUCAGCAGAUCGGCGUUUUGAGCAGCCAUCCAUUUGAAAGCGACACUGAAAUGUCCGACAUCGAUGAUGAUGAUAGAGAAACGCUUUUCAGCUCCAUGGACCUCCUGUCACCAAGCGGCCAUUCUGAUGCCCAGACUCUGGCCAUGAUGCUUCAGGAGCAGCUAGAUGCAAUCAAUAAAGAAAUCAGGUUAAUCCAAGAAGAGAAGGAGUCGACAGAACUGCGUGCCGAAGAGAUAGAGAACAGAGUGGCCAGCGUGAGUCUGGAAGGCUUAAAUCUGGCCAGAGUCCACCAAGGUACAUCCAUCACUGGCUCAGUGACCGCAUCGUCACUUGCAAGCUCAUCUCCUCCCAGCGGGCACUCAACUCCUAAACUCACCCCUCGCAGUCCAGCCAGGGAGAUGGACAGAAUGGGGGUUAUGACACUGCCAAGCGACCUAAGGAAACAUCGGAGAAAGAUUGCAGUAGUCGAAGAAGAUGGGCGUGAAGAUAAAGCCACAAUCAAAUGUGAAACUUCUCCUCCCCCAACACCCAGAGCUAUCAGAAUGACUCAUACCCUUCCUUCAUCAUACCACAAUGAUGCCAGAAGUAGUUUGCCUGCUUCACUGGAGCCAGAAAGCAUUGGUCUUGGCAGUGUCAACAGCAGCCAGGACUCCCUGCACAAAGCUCCCAAGAAGAAAGGAAUCAAGUCUUCAAUAGGACGUUUGUUUGGUAAAAAAGAGAAGGCUCGACUUGGACAGCUCAGAGGUUACAUGGAAACAGAGGCAGCAGCUCAGGAAUCUCUGGGAUUAGGCAAACUUGGAACCCAAGCAGAAAAGGACCGAAGACUAAAGAAAAAACAUGAACUUCUGGAAGAAGCUCGGAGAAAGGGUUUGCCUUUUGCACAGUGGGAUGGGCCUACAGUGGUUGCCUGGCUGGAGCUCUGGCUAGGCAUGCCAGCCUGGUAUGUUGCUGCCUGCCGUGCCAACGUGAAGAGCGGAGCUAUUAUGUCUGCUCUGUCUGAUACUGAGAUUCAAAGAGAAAUUGGAAUCAGCAAUCCUCUUCAUCGCUUAAAGCUCCGAUUAGCAAUCCAGGAGAUGGUAUCACUGACAAGUCCAUCAGCACCUCCAACAUCCAGAACACCCUCAGGCAAUGUUUGGGUGACCCAUGAAGAAAUGGAAAAUCUUGCCGCUCCAGCUAAAACGGAGUCCGAAGAAGGCAGCUGGGCUCAGACCCUGGCUUAUGGUGAUAUGAACCACGAAUGGAUAGGUAACGAAUGGCUCCCCAGUCUGGGUUUACCUCAGUACCGAAGUUAUUUUAUGGAAUGCCUGGUAGAUGCGAGGAUGUUAGAUCAUCUGACAAAGAAAGAUCUGCGUGUGCACUUAAAAAUGGUGGAUAGCUUUCAUCGAACAAGCUUGCAAUAUGGAAUCAUGUGUUUAAAGAGGUUGAAUUAUGAUAGAAAAGAACUGGAAAAGCGAAGAGAAAUGAGUCAGCAUGAAAUAAAAGAUGUGCUGGUAUGGAGCAAUGAUCGAGUCAUACGCUGGAUACAAGCUAUUGGCCUGCGAGAAUAUGCAAAUAAUAUUCUAGAAAGUGGUGUACAUGGUUCACUUAUAGCACUGGAUGAAAACUUUGAUUACAGCAGUUUAGCUUUAUUAUUACAGAUUCCAACACAAAACACCCAGGCACGGCAGAUCCUUGAGAGAGAAUACAACAACCUUUUAGCACUAGGAACUGAAAGACGACUUGAGGAAAGCGACGACAAGAACUUCAGACGUGGCCCCUCCUGGCGACGACAGUUUCCUCCGCGUGAGGUUCAUGGGAUCAGCAUGAUGCCGGGCUCCUCGGAAACGCUGCCAGCUGGGUUCAGAUUAACCACAACAUCAGGGCAGUCGCGGAAGAUGGCGACUGAUGUUGCUUCAUCACGACUGCAGAGGUUAGACAGCUCAACAGUUCGCACAUACUCAUGCUGACAAGGCCUAGCAAAGAAGCCAGCACUGAAUUGUUAUGUCAUCUCUUUCUUCUACUUUACCUGAAGUGCACUACCACUACUUAGGAAAAAGAGCAUUAAAACUCUCUGCAAGAACAGGGUAAUAGGGAAGAGAAUACAUGAGGUAUAUCAGACAAACAGAUAUGAUGUUCCUUCCAUGUGUUGGUUAGUUAAAGACAAGAGUAAAAAAAAAAUACCUAAAUUACUAAU